UGGGCAGGAGAGGGGUGGGGAGAGGAUCCCGAGAGAGCCGCUGGGCAGGCACUGCUGCCGCCAUGGGCUCCUGGCUGCUCUGGGGCUUGGUGGCCGCCUUCGCUCUGGCUGCUUUCACUGCUCUGGGGCAGGGGGCAGAGCUGCGGGACGCUGCUUGGGAGGCAGAGGGUGAGCCCAGCAAAGACGACUUGACGACUCUGCGACUCUACAGCACCACCCACCCCCUGCGACGCCAGAGGAACAGAACCAAGAACUACCGGACCGGCAGCCUGUCUGUCCUGAGCAGAAUUGCCAUAGAAGACUUGGGCCUUUUGGAAGAGGAGAAAGAGAGAAACAUCAGCCGACCAGAGAGGGACGCCGUCGCUGCAGAUCCUUGUCUGGGGUGCUGUGGGACUCCCAACCGUCCAGGAAGCAGAGAGCCCUCUAAAGGGGAUCCAGGACCCCUGGGCAACAUCCCCACCGCUGCUACGCCAAGAGGAAACGGGACUCAGGGAAAUUUCCGUCCUGGUGCUUACACGCCCAUGAGAAUGGCACGGAAGACUGGAUCCCUUUCUCAGAUACUCUGGAACCACUCCAGGGAAGCCAGCCCCAAUCGUGAUCGCUGCCAAGGAUGCUGUGGGGCGAAUGCAACAACCAGUGCCAAACCCCCGGAGAGAAGAGAGGAGGGGAAAGGCUCCCGCAAUAACCCUUCUUUGGGGAGGAAGAGAAGAGAGAGCAGCAGGGCGUGGAGGCGGCGUUGCACCUGGAAGGGGAUUCCACGCAGUUGUGUCGCUUCUGUUCUUUUCAACAAAACUUGUGCAGAUGAAUUUCCCACUGGGCUUGGGCCCUGUAAAAUGUAGUACUUUGCUGUCUUUUAAAAAAGCCUCUCUCCUUCUCUGUCUUCAUUGGAAUGAAGGCGAGUGCCUUCCCGGAGCAACAGCAUACCGCGCUUGCCCCAGUCUCUCCCAUCCAACACAUGAAGAUGCAGGAACAUCAAACACUUUAGCUUCCAAAGCAACUGUCUUAUCUGAGGCCUUCUGUGAGGCCACACACAAUAGCCAGGAGCCUUGAGAUCUGCAGAUGACGGCCUGCUCUAGAGACACCUUUGGAUAGAUGCUGCCAGAGUCAAGGCCUUGUCUGUGGUGGCUCCAACAAUAUGAAAUGUUUCCCCUCUGAUGUCCACCUGCUCCUGUCACAGUUUCAUGUUGGGGAAGCUAUUCGUUUCCAACAGGCAUUGAGUUGAAUGGAUGGAUUGGUUUUACUGUGGCUGUCUUUAAGCUUGCUUUCAUGGUUUCAUGGCGGGAGCGCUUAUGAACUGGAUUUUAAUGGAAGACUUUUGAUGUUCUUAGUCAGAUGUUUUAUGAUUGUUGUCUUAUCCCAGUUGUGAAUGUUAUGAAAGUUAAACAGCAGGACAUAAAUUCAGUAAAGCAAAAUAAUAAGAACAAUAUAUAAGAAAAAUAAGAAUAAGAAAACAAGACUGACAAUCUCUCCGGCUUUAAAAAUCUGUGCUGGCAUUUGUAAAAUAAUAUUAUGGAUCUCUGAUGGAACUGUCAGUUUUUUUAAAAAAAUACUGUAAAAAUAGGUCAAUAAAAGCUGCAGUAUUUA